GAGUUACAGCAGUGAGGACACCAUGUCGAUGGGUCUGGAGAUUGGCGGUAUCAGUCUGGGGAUAAUCGGGUGGAUCCUCGCCAUCGUGACCUGUGCUCUGCCCAUGUGGAGGGUGUCUGCCUUCGUAGAGAGCAACAUCAUCACGGCGCAGACCAUCUGGGAGGGCCUGUGGAUGAACUGCGCGCACCAGCAGAGCACGGGCCAGAUGCAGUGCAAGGUCUACGACUCCAUGCAGGCUCUGAGUUCGGACCUGCAAGCGGCGCGCGCCAUGACCAUCAUCGCCAUCACCCUGGGGGUGCUGGGGGUUCUGAUCGCCAUCAUGGGCGCCAAAUGCACCAACUGCAUCAAGGACGAAGCAUCCAAGGCCAAGACCAUGAUCUUCUCAGAUGUCAUGUUCAUCAUUGCUGGUGUACUGGUGCUGAUCCCAGUGUCCUGGUCAGCUAAUCGCACCAUCCAGAAUUUUUACAACCCUCUGGUGCUUGUCAGCCAGCGUCGUGAAAUUGGUGCCUCUUUGUACAUCGGCUGGGCAUCCGCUGCUCUUUGGUUGGUGGGGGGAGUAAUCAACCAGUGCUCUCCCCCAUCUAUAAAAUCAGAGAUUCAAGGCUCUUCUCACCCGCACUCAACAAAUACAACACCAGCAUGGGGGAAUGGUGCUGCUAUCAAAGGAACAACCUUCUCCGAGCAUGAUGCGGCUGAGAUGUUGGUGCUGCAUUGA